AUGGAGGAGCCCACCAUGGAAACGGAGACUCAUCAUCCGCCGGAGAGCGAAUACCCACAUUCGCCAUGGGAAAUGGGCACAUUUACUUCUCCCCAGCACUCGCCACCUAUGCCAGAAUAUAGUGGGUUUGACUACGGUCAAUCGCAGCUCAUGGCCGUUGACUCAUAUGGCAUGUCAAUACCCCCGCCCUAUGCCACCAUGCCACUACCGAUGCCUUCGCAUUCCUGGCCCAGUAUGCUCACAACCCACUCUCCGUUUGCUGCAUCUGGGCUAGCUAUUUCCACCCCGACGUCGGUAUCUCCUUCGGCUCCCAUGCCUCCAGUACGAAAGACCUCGACUGGAGGGUCUACACCGCGCAGGACACUUACCGACGAAGAUCGCCGGCAAAUGUGUAUUUAUCAUGAGGAAAACAAGACUGCUAAGCAGACUGAUAUUGGAGCGUUGUUUGGAGUCGAGAGAAGCACUGUUUCCAAAGUCCUUCGCCAGAAGGAAAAGUACCUAAACCCUGAAGACGGGAGUCGAUCUCCCAUCAAACGGGCCAAGGGCAGAGUCCCCGAUAUUGAGAAAGCUUUAUCCAACUGGGCAAGGAACUACCAGCGCCAAGGAUAUCCCCUGAAUGAUGAAAUGAUCAAAGAGAAAGCACUCUUCUUCGCCAGCACCUGCGGCUGCCCCGAAGGCAAGGAAAAGGUCUGCACGACAGCCUGGCUAGAAAAGUUCAAGCACAAGAACAAUCUUCUCGGCGCAAAAGUGCGCAGAGGAUCUGCCGAAAUUCGCAGCGGAUCCAACAGCCCAACCCACCUCAAUACCGAUUUUGGAUCUGCUCUUCAAAGCCCUAGCGGACCCUCGCCUACAUCUCCAGUGGAUGGGUUCGUAUCCCCAUUGUCUCCCAUGAGCCAAGAAGGGUUCAAGCGGGACAUGGGUGAACUACCUGACCUGACCGGGGGCUACCAACACGGGUAUUCCAAGAGUACAACCUCAAUCGACACUUCAGCGGGUAUGAUUAGUCCGACAUCCACUUUGGUCUCCGAGAGCCCUUUCACACCGACGAGCCAAUCCCGUCUUCCAAUGGCCAACAAUAGCACCAACCGACCACGCAGCCAGACCUUCCCGCUCGUUCCAAUCGACCCAACACUUCUAUCCGCCGACGAAGUGACGGACCCACAGCGUCAAAAGCGCGACCUCCAGCAAUCACUUUCGGUCUCCAUCUUGCAGUCCCCAGUGGAAAUGGACGACCCUAAGCCCGCCACGUGCCCGGUCCACCAGACCAACGUCAUCAAGCGCAAUCGCAGCAACCCAGAAAUCAAGACCAAGUCCAUGCCGCCGCCUUCAAAGUCUACUACCAUCUCGCCAAUCAGCUCACCGGGAUCACCGACGCAGGACGAGGCUCGUCGCGCCCUGGAAGUCGUUAUGACCUACUUCGACCACCAACCGGCCGGUCUCGCCGCACAGGAGUACAUGACCAUCGGAAAACUAAUGGAGAGGCUUGCGCUCGCCAAGAGCCAGGCCGGACUUCUGUUGGGUGGCUUGCCGCGAAUUGAUGAGCAUGAGGAUACUCCCAUCCCGCGUGUGACGAAGAAGAGGAGCAUCCACAAUUUGGGAUGA